GCGCCCACGGUCGCAGAAGCGCGAGGCGGACGAGCUCAGGAGACGUCUUGCAUCCUAAGGAACUCCCAGGAUGGCCCGUACCAAGCAGACUGCCCGUAAAUCCACUGGUGGGAAAGCGCCACGAAAGCAGCUGGCCACAAAAGCUGCUCGGAAAAGUGCGCCAUCUACUGGUGGAGUGAAAAAACCUCACCGCUAUAGGCCUGGCACCGUGGCCUUGCGAGAAAUCCGGCGGUAUCAAAAAUCCACAGAGUUGCUGAUCCGCAAGCUGCCAUUCCAGCGCCUGGUCCGUGAAAUUGCUCAGGACUUCAAGACAGACCUGCGGUUCCAGAGUGCUGCCAUCGGAGCUUUGCAGGAAGCCAGCGAGGCGUACCUUGUGGGUCUGUUUGAGGAUACCAACCUGUGUGCCAUCCAUGCCAAGCGGGUCACUAUCAUGCCAAAAGACAUACAGCUGGCCCGCCGCAUCCGUGGUGAACGAGCUUAAGUUCCACUCCCCUUCCAACACUUAAACUCCUUUCUUGGCAGCCCCACCCUGUUUGUGUAUUAGAAUACACUCCAGGUUUCCCUUUUUUUUCUCUCUCCUGCUCCUGUUUGUAGUAGCUAGGACAUGUGAGGAAAUGUUAGAUAAUCUAUCAUAGUAGCUCUCCAAGAUCAGGAGACCUGAUUGCUAUUCAUCAUGUACAAGCAAAAAAAGAAAGAAAAAACCUUUGAAAUCUGCAAGGCUUCUGGAUGUUUUUUUGUAAAAACUUUUUUUUUUUCCAGAAUUGCAAAAAAGUCCAACCCAACCAACCCAACAGGGGACACUUUUGAAAUAAUCUGGUUUUAUAUACAAAACUUAAAUAGCUAUAGGCGUUUCAGCGAUAAGAGUUUUUGGUCUUGAGUUUGUAAAAUACUUGCAAGCACUACACACUUCUGUUUCCUGUGUGGGGUUUUUUUUCUUUGUAUUUAGGCAAGGAGUGCUUUCUAGAUCCUUUACUUUCCUCUUUUCCAUUUGUCUUGUGUCUGUGAUUCUAACCUUUGUAUCAAUAGGGAACCACCUUGAGACAGUAAGGAAACAAAUAAAUGUUGAAUGACAACA